CCUCUCAUGCCAAGUUGGUCAAUGAUUAGGGGACUGACCGGCCAUCGCCACAGGCUUCUAAAGGAGAAUCACGCUGCAUUUCUCCUUGUUCGAGGAAUCAUGGACCGAAUCUUGACACAGGAACGGGUUCCCGAACAUAGCUACCCUUUCAAACGUCCCACAUUUGUCUUUUUAAUACGAAAGCCACUUUUGACUCAGUGUGCGUGCGCUGCUAAUGUCUCAGCCCGCAUACAAACACGACACUCACAACUAACAAUACUCAUGCCACAUCGGCCGUCGCGUGGUGUCACCAGCUGGGUCGCCUUACGUGCUCCAUACAGAAGGGUGGCUCUCGCUUCUACGCUGGAUUACCUCUAUAUUGGUGUGUGCUCUGUCAGAAACAAGGAUACAGAACGCAAGUACCUAACUGUCCCCUCCCUCUCUUCCAGCUUCUGGUUGCACACCUCUGGUGGUAAAGAAGCAGCUGUAACUGGAAAUGCUGGGGCGAUGCUGAAAUCUCAGCUGUCCACUGAAACUCUUGGACGUAUUUGGGAUAUGUCAGACAUCGACAAUGACGGGAACUUAGACAAGGAAGAGUUCGUUCUGGCAAUGCAUCUCAUCGAUCGAUGUGUUGACGGCGAUAUGCUUCCGGACAGUUUACCACAACACCUCAUUCCGCCCGGGAAGGAACACUUUUUUUCGCAGCGUCGCCUGGCCGUCUCGAUCGGAGACCCUUUCUCACCAUUUUCAACUGCUCACCAGAAUCUUGCCCUCGUUCCGGUUCCGAAAUCAAGUUGGCCAGAUUUCAACAUGGAUACUUUCUCCCCACUUGCUCUGGCAUUUCCUUCCAAUGCAUUGGCCACCACGCAUUUCAAUCCUAACGCCAUGCCUGCUUGGUCUCAGUUUGGCUUUAGUCAACCACAUAGCUAUCCACCGUGGGUGAUUUCGGAAGAAGAGCUUGCCAAAUCCAAUAGGGUAUUUGCAACAAUCGAUUUGGAUGCGGAUGGCCUAGUUUCUGGUGCUGAAGUACGUGAGGUGCUUAUGCGCUCUGGACUACAACAGUCUAUAUUGGCACAAAUAUGGAACUUAGUUGACAUUCAAGGUUCAGGGCUGCUCAACUGUGAGCAGUUUGCAGUGGCCAUGCAUUUGGCCACAGAGCAGCUGGCCAGUUCUCCAUAUUCGCGCACGCUUCCGGUCGUUCUGCCUCCCGCGCUUGUUCCUCCAAGCCUCCGGCCAAUCCCACCUGAUCCAACCCUAUUCGAAGAAUCAAACAAAUUGAUUGCUGAAAUCGAAGCUAUCAACCGGGAACGCGCAGAGGUUGAAGCAGCGUACACGGCAGUCUCAGUGGAUACUCAAAGAAGAGCCACUGAAACUGCCAGUAUGCAACGUGAAUUAGACAAACUCAACCACACCUCCCGAACUCUUGCAACUCAGCGAUCGGAGGCGGAACGUCGUUUGACGGAUUACGCCCACGAACGAGAUAUGCUGAGCAGUAAAGUUGAAGAGCUAAAGGAAUAUGUGGCACUCGAGCGCAAGAAGGCUGAAGCGGUUCGAAACGAGGUCAAUAGUCAACAAGUUUCCGCAAAGAAUCAAGAAGAAGCUAUCACGAGAUUGCGAACCGAAUUAAACGAUCUAAUCAGGCGAGAGUCGUCAUUGCAGGAUCAAGUUGCUGAGAGCCGCAGGCGCCUUGAGUUGAUUGAAGCUGAGAAACUUGCCACCCAGUCACGCAUCGAGAAGGCAACCUCAAAAGUAAACUUGCUGGAAUCUACCCGAGGUCAACUGCUCCAAGUUUUGGAUCAAUACACUAGCUUACUAAAUGGUGAUACUUCAGUAAUGGAGCCGGAUGAGCAAAAAGUGAAGGCGUUGCUCAACGGUAUUGGUUUGGAUCGUACUUCUGCUCCAAUCGCCACCCGCGACGAAGAUAUUUGGCCUAUAGAUGGUAGUGUAUAUCAACGUGUCAUGGGUGCCUCAUCCGUCCCGCUUUCGCUGAUGGUUAACAGCGCCCUAGGACAGCAGACGCAUAAAUCAGGAGGACGCGAACAAUCAAUAUCUUCCCUUGCUAUCCCACUCAACACGGAUCCUUUCCUAGGUACUGAUCCGUUCAAUCCACCCGGAAACAGCAAACCACACUUAGCGGGCAAAGAAACGAAAGAUGACUUUUUCGGUCCUGGUAGUCUGUUCACACCGGAUCCAUUCAAAGACCUCGAUCCCUUUGGGGGUGAUCCGUUUUCUCUACCGAGUGAAAAGAAUCACCAUAAACAACCGGAUGUUGUUUCAGCUUUUGACCCCUUUACUAAUUGCGUCAAUGGACCCAACGCCCCUCAUGCAUCCUUUACAGGUGUUGACUUCGAUGCAGUUUUCGGUGCACCGAAUGCUGAUUCUAGUCCGACGGAUCCUUUCGGAGCAGAUCCCUUUUCCUGUUUGGAGCAGGUUGCUACGGCGCAAACGGAUACAACAGGGCAGAAAAAGUCCCCACCACCCAGACCCACUACCCAGCCUGGUGCCACCACAGGAAACAGAGAAUCAAAGCCGAACGAAUACCCGAAGACAUCUGUGGCCAGUCUGCCAGACUUCAAUUAUUCGUCCCACAAAUUGAAAUCCACCUCUCCACCCCCCUUCCGCUCAAUUGGAAAUAAUUCCUCGUCCACUUUACCGCACAAGUCCAGUCUUCUUUCCAGAGUCCGCAGCGGGAAUAAAUCGAAGAAGGACAUGGAUCUCGCUGUGUCCAAGUCUGCGCGUGCUGUGUCCAAAGGCAGUGGUCCGAAAACGGAGGAUGGUUCUGGAUGGGCACCUUCUGGACUUAGCGAAGCGGAACAACUUACUCUCGCCACACUAGAAAGUCAGCGCUUAGCUCAACUGGAAGAACGUGCCCGUCAGCAAGAACAAGCGGAUCUUGAGCUUGCGAUCAGAUUGAGUCAAAUGGAUACUACCACUUCGUCGUGAUUUCCUAUUGAUGGUGAUAUUUGCACAUAUACAUAAUCACGUUACUAGGACACGCCAUUUAGCUUGUUUUCCCCAACAUAUUGAUUGAUUUUAAUCUACCCGGACUUUGGCAUUUCCCACCUCGACUGUGUAUGAAUCCUAAUUAUUCAGAACGGCCAAUUUGUUCGCUUUUAUCUUCAAAUAUCGUUUGUGUUGUUGCAUUUUGACUUCAGUUCCCUCAAAUCGCCACAUCUAAUCACGUCCUUGAUUCAACAAAUAAAC